GCUGGUCGUGGAUGAUGCGCUUCCCACUGCGCUCCAACACCUCAGAUCACGUGACUAGCAGGCGCACAAAGCGCAGCCUUUAUAACCGCCUGCUCCGGCAAACGCACACACCCCACCGGCUGCCUGCUUGGCUUUACUGUAUGUUUGACACUAGCAGUAUCCGAGGAGUCAGCUCGUGAUUAUUCCCCCGUAAACCACCAAAACAAGAACAACAACCAACAGACUUUUACUCUCGCUUCCAGUUUUUGGUUUUUCAGUUACUUUAAAUGUUGGUCAGGAGUGAAGGCAGAAACAGCAGACCGGUUUACUCCCAGUGUAAAUGAAUUAUUUUUAUUUCUAUUUUUUUUAUUUCUAUUUUCUUGGCGUCAUGGAUCCGUGCUGGAUAUUUGUAGCGAGAAAAUCAAGAUGUGCUCUUCUACACUCCUAAUACCUCACAUACCUCUCCACUGAGCGUCUCUACAGCCUCAAAAACCAUGAAGCUGGCUUUGCACAGGAUAGCAGGCACCACGGUGAGCACCUUAACAACAGGUGUCCAGUAUUUCGGCUCCAAUGAUGCUACCUACGACGACCCCUCAGCUGACUCGAGGCUGAUCAAGAAUGGAUUCCACUAUGAGAAAACUCACUCUGCUCCCAUCAGCAGCUCCUUUCCCGGGAUUGUCUCUGGAAGCAAGGAGGUCAUUUUCAGCGCCCUCUCUCCCAUUUUUCCCACCAAUGUCUCAGACUUGCUGCUGGGUAAUGCCACUUCUUUGGAGGGCGGAGGAGCGCCACAGUGCGCAGAGAACUUAGCAGACAAUAUGGAGUGUUUUAUGAUCCUCACUCCCGGUCAGCAGCUCGCGGUUGCCAUCUUGGCACUCACUCUGGGUACAUUUACUGUUCUGGAGAACCUCGUGGUGCUGUGUGUGAUCCUGCACUCCCAGACCCUUCGAUCCCGGCCUUCCUACCACUUCAUUGGCAGCCUGGCUGUGGCUGAUCUAAUAGGAAGCAUCAUCUUUGUUUACAGCUUCUUGGACUUCCAUGUCCUCCACCGAAAGGACAGCCACAACAUUUUCCUCUUCAAGCUGGCUGGGGUUAUUGCCUCCUUCACUGCCUCUGUGGGCAGCUUGUUUCUCACUGCAAUAGACCGCUACGUCUCCAUCCACAAGCCUAUGGCGUACAAGCGAAUCAUCACAAAGACUAAAGCUGUCAUUGCAUUCAGCAUGAUGUGGACCAUCUCCAUCGUCAUCUCACUGCUGCCGCUGCUGGGCUGGAACUGCAAGCGUCUUGGGUCAGUCUGCUCGGACAUUUUCCCUCUAAUUGACCAAAAGUACCUGAUGUUCUGGAUUGGGAUGACGAGCAUUUUGCUCUUAUUCAUCAUCUACGCCUAUAUGUUCAUCCUCUGGAAGUCUCAUCACCACGCCGUCCGAAUGCUAAGCCGCACCUCUCAGAGAAGUGUGAUUGUCUACACCGCAGAAGGGGCUAAAGUGCAGACGGUGAGGCCUGACCAAGCCCGUAUGGACCUCCGUCUGGCUAAAACCCUGGUCUUGAUCCUGGUGGCCCUCAUCAUCUGCUGGGGUCCACUCCUAGCCAUCAUGGUUUACGACCUCUUUGGGAAGGUGAACGACUUCAUCAAGACCAUUUUUGCCUUUUGCAGCAUGCUCUGCCUGCUCAACUCCACCGUGAACCCUGUGAUCUACGCCAUGAGGAGCAAGGACCUGCGCAGGGCCUUCCUCAACAUUUGCCAUAUGUGCCGGGGAGCAACACAGACUCUGGACAGCAGCGCUGAGAGUGACUGGAACAUCAAGAGCGUGAGAGCAACAGCAGGCAGGGCGGGGACAGAUGGAGGAAACUGUGCAAAGACUCGAAUUAAAGUAGCCCAGGUUACUGUUUCUGGAGGGACUGACACUUCUGCUGCAGAGCCGGUCUAAUAAAAGACGGUCUAAUCUGCUCAAGACAACUGUGAAGUCAGGAUAGUGUAGAAUAGCCCCCAUCCUCCUAGUGCACUCCUCUGUGACUGUGAAAUGUGCCAAAAUGACUGACAAACAGAACUAAAAGCAAGUUUUUGUUGUUGUUUUUUAAUCUGUAAUGUUAUAAAACUGGAUCCCUGUAGAGUGGAGUGUGAUUAGUCUAAUGAGGGCUGUACUUAUUUCAUUAUGUUCCCAUUUCUGUGAAAAAUGAGUUAUCUGACUGACAAUGGCAAUUUUAUGAAGAAUACUUCAAUUAUUAUUAUAGCUGUAUAUGAAAAAAGGGCAUUUCUCUCCACUGUUACAAAGCAAAUGCUAUGCUUUGUUAUCUUUGCUGUUGUCUGAAUUUUUUUUUUUACAGAUUUAGCAGUAAAGACAAACUGCAUUUGAAGAUUUUCACAUUACAUUAUACGGCAAUAUUGUGGCAGUCAUGCAAGGUGAAAAUGUAUCCAUCCUCAUACAAAAUAGCAGUUUGGAAUAACAGAACAUUGCUGUAAGUAAAAGCAUUUCAUUAAUAAUUUUCAAGUGACUGUUGAUGAUUUUGUAAGUCCAUGAUAUUGUGAAGUUUGUCAGUACCUUAUUUAGUUAUUUAGUUAUUUAUUUUGAAAAGCAAAGUGUUGAAAUAUGAAUGGCCUUUUGAUCAGAUCAAAACUAUAGCCUGUGGUGUUUUGGGAGUGUUGCUUAGCUGCUUUUUUUCACAUCGGCUUACAAAAAAAGAGCAUCUUUUGUACAAAUCUACACUGCCAUAUUCCUGUGAAGCAUACUUUGUGCCACUGUGUCCCAUUCCUGUGUGGAAGAAUGUGCUCGAAAAUGUGAAAUUUGUCUAUUUUUAUCAUAACUUUGUCAACAUGCCUGGUAUCUUUUUCAAUAAAAUGGUGAAAAUCAGCUUAUCAGUACUUAAACUUAUUGCACACAUGUACAAUAUGUCUUUUUUUUCUUUUUCAAAGUCAAAAAUAUAUGCCACUAGCUGGGGUAUUGGAGUGUCACGUG